UUUUCGUUAUCUCGUUAACAGCCUUAGCCUGAAAUUGUUCAUUAUCAACAGCCGUAUACUUGGGUUCUUCUCCAACGCCAACUUCCCACCACAAAUUUCUCCUCUUCUUUUCUUAACCGCUUCCACUCAUUCAUCAUCAAUGGUGCUUUGAGUCAACUGUUAGCAAUAAUGACAUCUUCAAUGCUGUAUGGGGCUGAAAAUCUGGCAAUCAUAAGAGGAAGAGUUGCUGCAAAUGGGUUAGGGUUUAAUGGGUCAGAAUUGAAUGGAAGAAAAUUUCCACUCAAAGUUAAUUUGGCUUGUGGGAAUUCGAUUUCGAGAGGUAAAACCUUAGUUGUACCUAAGUGUAGUGUCUCUUUACCUAGGCCAGCUUCACAACCUAGGUUCAUACAACACAAAAAAGAGGCAUUUUGGUUCUAUAGGUUUUUGUCGAUCGUGUAUGAUCAUGUGAUAAACCCGGGCCAUUGGACUGAAGAUAUGAGAGAUGAAGCGUUAGAACCGGCUGAUCUUUAUAGCCGGAAUAUGCUAGUGGUGGAUGUCGGUGGGGGUACCGGGUUCACAACUUUGGGUAUUGUGAAAAGUGUUGAUGCUAAAAAUGUUACAAUCUUGGAUCAAUCGCCACAUCAGCUUGCUAAAGCGAAGCAAAAGGAACCGUUGAAAGAAUGCAAGAUCAUUGAGGGUGAUGCUGAGGAUCUUCCUUUUAAAACUGACUAUGCCGAUAGAUAUAUAUCUGCCGGAAGCAUUGAGUACUGGCCCGAGCCACAACGAGGCAUCAAAGAGGCAUAUCGAGUUCUAAAGAUAGGAGGGAAGGCAUGUGUAAUUGGGCCAGUAUAUCCAACACAUUGGUUGUCUCGUUUCUUUGCGGACGCGUGGAUGCUUUUCCCGAAAGAGGAAGAGUACAUUGAGUGGUUUACAAAGGCUGGAUUUAAAGAUGUGAAGAUUAAGAGAAUUGGCCCAAAAUGGUAUCGUGGGGUCCGUCGCCAUGGUUUGAUCAUGGGGUGCUCUGUUACCGGUGUCAAACCUGCAUCAGGAGAUUCACCGUUGCAGCUGGGCCCGAAAGAAGAAGACGUCUCAAAACCAGUGAACCCAUUCGUGUUCCUUGCGCGUUUCCUGUUGGGUGCGUUGGCUGGAGUCUACUACGUCCUGGUCCCUGUUUACAUGUGGCUCAAGGACCAAAUUGUUCCAAAAGGUCAGCCCAUCUGAGUGAUGGUCAAGUCACUUUUGCUUUGUAUCAGAUGAUGUCCAGUUUUCAUUAUCAAGUGUGUUUUGUGAACCCAUGUUAGAAUUUUAGCUCUUUGUUUUUUUUUUUUUUUUUUUUUUUUUUUUGAGUGUGUGACCAUAAACUUUUAUGAUUUUGUGCAAUUUUUUUAAUGGCAAAUAGCUCUCAUGUAGGUCGUGUUGGGUGACA